AUGGCACCAAGAGAGAUGCCCAAAGUCUCUGAGCUGCACGCCUAUAAUAACGCCGUUGCCGGACAUGCCGGAACACUGUCGGACGCCAAUGGUGACCUGUUCAUCAAGCCCUGCGUCCAGGCCGAGAUCGACUUUUACCAGCAGGUUUUUCAGGGCGACCACGCCGCCCUGGCCAGCAUCAUGCCGCUCUACAUGGGCGAGCUGUCGCUGACCGAGACCACCGACGCGGCCGCCGCGGCCGUUGCCGCUGCUGGCGGCGUCGUGUCCGCCGACGUGCAGCAGGCCAUUGCCGGCCUCGACACGCAAACGAAGCAGCAGGAGCAACGGCCUGCCCCGUCAUUACCAGCUACUACGUCACCUGCAGCAUCAGCAACCGUCGCGGGUCCCACCGCUGCAUCACAAAGCGCCCCCGCCCCUCCUGACAACGUCACUUGGGUUCCUCGCGGCAACGCCAGUAUCAACAGCGACCGCGCUGUUGUCCUUGACAACGCCACACAGGGCUACAAGAAACCCAACAUCAUGGACGUCAAGCUCGGGCGCCGCCUCUGGGGCGACAGCGCGCCCCUCCAGAAACGCCAGCGCAUGGACGACGUGAGCGCCAAGACCACCCACGCCACGUACGGCUUCCGCAUCUCGGGCAUGCGCGUCUACCAGGGCGAUGCGGCAGCCGCAGCCGCCCAAGACCCGACGUCCGACGGCGCCGGUUACCGCAUUUACGACAAGGACUAUGGCCGCAUCGCCGUCAACGACAGCAACGUCGUCGAUGCGUUCCGCACCUUCUUGUUCAAUGAAGCCGCCGGUGUCGACGAUGCCCACGGCCGUGCCGUGGCCGAGGCGUUCAAGGCCGAGCUGGAGCGCGUGCGCGACGUGCUGGAGAGCGAGCACACGCGCAUGUACUCGAGCUCGCUGCUGUUUGUCUACGAGGGCGACGGCGCCACUCUCCAGGCGGCCAUCGCCGAGGGCAACGCGCGCGCGACGGCACGCGAGGCAAGACUGAGAGAACGACAGCAGCGGGAACUCAACUUGUCGCCGACGCCCAUCCGCGUGGUCGAGGCCGAGUCGGCGUGUGAAGAGCCCCAGACGUCGACAACGGUUGUGUCGCUCCUCGACGCGGAGGCGGCCGACGCCGCUGUGGACGUGGACCAACGCUCCCGCUCCCGGCGCGAGGUCCUCGGAAAGGCCGCCGACCGCUCGUCGAGUCGGACAGAUAGCGGCAUCGUCAUCGACGAGGACGAGAUGGAAGACCAUUUGACCGUCGACGUCCGCAACCUGACCGAGGCCGACUUUUCCUUUGGCGACGACGUCGUCGGUAUCAUUGGCGCGGAUGACUACGACGACGACGAUAACGACGACGCGUCCGACACCGGCAGCGACAGCGAUGGUGAGCCCAAGUCGCCGCCCAUCUUUGGCCUCCGCCUCAUCGACUUUGCCAAUGCCAAGUUUGUGUCGCCCGCCGAGGGGCCCGACGAGAACAACCUCGUCGGCGUGCGGAGUCUGAUUGCCAUUUUUGACGAGCUGACCAAGUGA